UCAACAAAAACGGCUUGUCAACGGAUUUAAACAACAAAGCUUGCUAGAUAUUCACUGGUUGUUUAUUGAAAUCAGCAUUAUUCCGUCACAAAAAGUGUAAAAAAAUUCAAAUUCAAAAGAAAAUUAAGUGAAAAAUGAAUACAAAGCAAUGUAUUUACAGAGAUUGUGACAAUACAAAUCUCUAUACACCGGAUCUCACCUUUUUUGGUUUUCCCGUGAAAGACGUUCAAAAAUGUAACCUAUGGGUCGAACUGUCCGGUUGUGACGAAGUGAAUUUGAAGAACAAGUAUCUUUGUCAAAAUCAUUUCGAUCAAAAAUAUAUAAGCAAAUCGGCAAGACGCACAGUUUUACUACCAAAUGCUGUGCCAUUUCGUUACAACGAAAAAUCAACCAAAGACCAAGAAAAUUACGUGGAAGAAGAUUACAAUUCGGAAAAGAAUAUGUCACACGAUGAUAUACUAAUGGAUCCAUUGGAGGAGCAAAUUUACACAAAUACAAUUGAAAUGUUAACACAACCGGUAGACGAAAAUGAUGAUGCCAUCGAAGAAGGAUUGAGUGACGAAGAAUUACAAAAUGAAAAGGAAAAAAUCAAAUCGGUAAAAGUGACACAGAAAACAUACGAUCAUUUUCCGGCAGUUCGAAACAAGAAAAUUGAUGAAAUCACGGACAAGCGACGUAUUAGUACGGGUGAACUUGUGAAUCAUGUCACCAAAAGACAAAAGCUGUACACAUCGGCCGACAACAUAAUUGUGUCCAAUCACAUGAACGAAAUUAAAAAGACAACGGUCGACAAUGAUGAUACCAACGACGAGGAUAAAACCAAUGCAUUUGACAACACUGUCGACAAUCCGGAUAUAACCACAUUUAUUUACAAAGGCGAAGAAUACAUUCAAAUGCCAAAACGUAUUUACUUGCAACAGCGCGCCAAACUCGAUGCCGAUGUUAAACAAUACCGUCACAUUGUUCAAAACAUUAAAAACCUUGUUAAUACAACCGAUUAGAUUUAUUGAAUCUAAAUUUUUAAUGCAUUUAUCGGGUUUUGAGGACGUAUUGUGACUGAUUAAAUCCAAUAAAUGUACUUUUGUUACAUUAACAUUAAA